UAAAAUAUUGAAAAAAAAGAAAAAAAGGAAAGUUUCAAACGGAAGAAGUAGUAAGAAAUAAGAAGAAAAGGGAUAUGAGGGUUUAAGAAAGAGGAGAAGAAAAAGGGAAUGCUAAAACUCUACACCGGUUGACAACACUGACAGACAUACGACGGCGGCAAGAACAAGCAGCAGCAGAAGCAAGCCCCAUUGAGUCAUGGUUUCAGCUGCAACUUGGAUCCGAUACGUAAUCGGCAAACUUGAAUACUCUGCCUCUGUUGGCUGGAAGCACUACAAAGGAGGUCAAAUUACAGAGAGAGAAUUAGGUGAUACCAUAUGGAAGAAUUUCUUUCAGGGCAAAUUGACAUUCAUGCACUAUAACAAGGGAGAGGAAAUGGCACCAACCCUCGGAGCUCAGGGCGGCACACUUCUUGUUAGGAAGAUACCUUGGGUUGAUCCAACGAAGAUACCUUGGGUUGAUCCAACGAAAGUAUUUGUUGGGGAUGUUGUGGUGCUCAAGGACCCUAUAAAAUCAGAUGAUUUUCUUGUCCGUAGAUUGGCUGCCGUUGAAGGCUAUGAGAUGGUGUCCACUGAUGAAAAGGAUGAACCUUUUGUCCUUGUAAAAGAUCAAUGUUGGGUGCUGGCUGACAAUGAAAAUGUGAAACCUAAGGAAGCCAAGGAUAGCAGAACCUUUGGUCCUGUUUCCUUGACAGACAUUGUCGGCAGAGCUAUAUAUUGCCUGAGGACAGCAGUGGACCAUGGUCCUGUUAACAACAGUCAAUUUAGCAUGCAGAAGGAUUCACCGGUCCUUGAAGUUGAACUGGAUGUCGAUGAGAUGGCGAAAGGUCACAAAGCAUAGGUUGUGCUUUGAAAGGAUUUCCAUAGGAUCACUGAUUUGGUUGUACCCUUCUGGUUUUCUCGUAUUUAUCGGAGCAAAUUCAUUAGAAAAAAUAAAAGUUGUAGUAGUGAUUUUGGUACAUUUUCCCAAGUGUUGAUCUUUCCUCUUAAUGAGGCACUGAGUGAACUGUUAACCUUUGAGGCCUUCAGUUCUAUUUUAGGAUAUACUUCGAGGCUGAAAAUAUAGCAUGCAAGUUUGGGACC